AUGCGCGCGGGAACGAGACAAGGGGCCGCGCUCGCGGGGGCGCCCGUGCGCGCGACGCGCGGGCGCGCGCGUGGGCGAUCGCGCGCGGGACGACGGGUGACGGAGGCGCUGCGGAAUUUUGAUUAUCCCGAGGCGCUGUUGUUCGAUUGCGACGGCGUGCUGUGCGAGACGGAGCGAGACGGACAUCGAGUGACGUUUAAUAAGACGUUCGAGGAGUUCGGGAUCCCGCACGCGUGGGACGUGGAGGUGUACGGUGAAUUGUUGAAGAUUGGCGGCGGGAAGGAGCGCAUGACGCACUACUUUGACUCCGUCCCGGACGCGGAACCGUGGAAGAGCGUGACCGAUCCGGAAGAGCGCAAGGAGCUGGUGAAAAAGCUUCACGCGAGAAAGACGGAAAUGUUCUUGGAGCUCGUGAACCAAGGCGCGUUGCCGCUUCGACCGGGGGUAAAGCGCAUGGUGCGCGAGGCGCUCGAUCACGGCGCCAAGGUUGCCGUGUGCUCGACGUCAAACGAAAAGGCGGUGCAAGGGAUCGUGAACACCAUGCUUCCGGAGUUCGCCGAUCGCAUGCCCGUCUUUGCGGGCGACAUUGUGCCGAAGAAGAAGCCCUCGCCGGAUAUUUAUCAGCUCGCGGCGAAGACGCUUGGCGUCGAUCCGGCUCGCUGCGUCGUCGUCGAGGACACUCAUAUCGGAACCUCCGCGGGCAAGGCCGCUGGUAUGCGUGUUUGCGUGACAAAGAGCAUCUACAGUGAAGAGGAAGAUUUCUCUCGCGCGGAUGCCGUGUUCGAUUGCUUGGGUGACGAGGGCGACGAACGCGUCAAAUUCCAUCAGCUCACCACUCCGGGUGAUUUCUGGCUGAAUCCUCCACUUCCCGUGGACUACGAUGGGAACUGGUACGCAGGUGAUGAACCGGCGGUUGACGAUAGAUUGACGCCCGAGGAGCGCGCGAUCCUGGCUGACCUCGACUAG